ACAACUAUGGUGGUUGAUUCAGAAUUGACGCUACAACGUGUAAUGGUUUGUCGUGUAGCAUGUUGAACUAUGUUUCUAGUUUUUAUCCCAAAAUUGUUGUAAUCUUAGGUUUGUGUUAUUGUUGAUUGUUAUCGUCUACUCUUAUCAUUAAAUGUAAGUUUAUUGUGUGCGCUUGUUAGAUCGUUGACUCACCGUUUCAUCCGUCCCCAUUUAAAGUACGGAAACACAGUACUCCCCCCCCUCACUCCAAAAGGACAAGGUCACUUUGGAGCGUAUCCAACGGCGAGCCACGAAAGCAGUUCGAGGACUCAAAUCUAAGCCUUACGAAGAACGCCUUCGUUCACUAGACCUUUACCCACUAGAAUAUAGGCGUCUUAGAGGUGAUUUACUAAUGGCUUAUAGUAUUCUUAACACUUCUGGACAUCCUCUUAAACACCUACUUAAGCUUAGUUCGAAUAAUAACCUAAGGGGUAACACCCAGAAACUGGAAACACAACAUAACAAGACGGAAUGUAGACACAACUUCUACUCCUUAAGAGUUGUCAAAAGCUGGAAUUCGCUGCCGGCCGAGCUAGUCCAAGCGACUUCUCAGGAGUCCUUCAAGAGGCAACUUGACCUAUUCUUAAGGACCAAGGACAGCAUCACAUUAUGAUUUACCAAUUUCUUUUCCUUUUUUAUUGUUAACAUAUCUAGGUUCCUGCCUGGAGGAUUUGGUGAUCCCCUGCUACUAGACACGGAAGCCUGUUAAGCGAAAGCUUCUUCUAUUCCAUCCACAACCAUUUGAACCGUUUCUUCUAUUCUGUUUUCUUGCCCUUCUCACUCACGUUACUCUGCGUGUUUCUCCAGCACACAAAGUACCUUCUGGACAGGCGCGAACCGCUAUCGCGAGAUAUUCAUUGAUUACGAUAACAACUUAUAAGACAUUUCAUUCUUAAGUUAUUUUAAAUAUCUUGGUGAUGAUAUAUAUCAUCAUUGGAUAUUAAUAUUAAUAUCCAAUGAACGCUCAAUGCAUUAUCUGCAUCUUAAUCAGAAUGUUGUCUGAAAAAGUAGAAGAAGCAACAAACUAGUGGUUAAAUUGUAUCAAGAGGUUGUUGCAUUGUAUAUGAAGGAAAAGUCCUUUGGUAUUUAGCUACAAGACAAUUACUCUGUUCAUUAAGCCAAAGACCGUUGCGUUGUCUAUUUUUCCGGAGUUUUUUUAUUCACACUAAGCUAACCUAAUGUAGAUGAAAAACAACUGUUGAAAAGCAUAUUGAAAUCACCACUUUUGGAAAAUGGUUAUAUGUUCUCUCUUUUAUGUCCUUCAUGGAAACAUUUUUCUAAAAUGUUUAUAUCUUGGUACAAAUUUACGCAGCAUGUAGACUUUCUGGACUAUAACUUGUCGAGAAUAAACAUGGUUUUUCGUAUAUGGUUCCAUUCACUCUAGUUUCUCCUAAACUAAAACUCAAGUAUCCUCACCUUUUUGCCACUUCGUUUACAUUUUCCCAUCUGGUUUCAAAAAAUAUUGGUUGGCUUAUAUUAGUGUUGGUAAUGUUAAGGUAGUUGCAUUUUAUUAAUUUCGUGUUAUUGAGGUCACUUUUUCUGUGAUUUUCCUUCUAAGUUGCACCUCAUACGGAUCGUCUUCCCCGAGAUGACUUACUUCUACCAAACACAAGUACGUCGUUUAUUCAGGAGAGUUCUCACUUUUUCUAAAUCCUAUUCAGAGAGAAUUAUGGAUCCUAGAAACCUAAUACUUAGAAUUGAUAUCUACAUUAACCAGAGCAAUACAAGAUUUUGGGAUCUAAAUGACUUUUGAAAAACUUGGUGUAUGUCCUGAAAUUGUUGAGUUGCUACGAGAUAAAGGGAUUAAUACACCUACGGAAGUUCAAGAAGGCUGCAUUCCAAUAAUUUUGGAAGGAAACGAUGUAGUAGCAUGUGCAAAAACUGGUUCUGGAAAAACAGCGGCAUUUUUGAUCCCCAUACUUCAGUCACUAAUGACGGAACUCAAACCAUUAUAUGCUCUAAUAAUUACUCCAACAAGGGAGUUGGCGCAUCAAAUUGGUGAACAAGCCGCUGGGUUAAAUUUAAUCCAAGGUGAACCACUAUGUAACGUAUUGGUGAUAACUGGUGGAAGAAACAUAGUUCAUCAGAGUAUUGACUUAGCUCGAUCUCCACAUAUUAUCGUUUCUACUCCUGGACGGUUGGCUGAUCUUUUGCGCACCCAGAUGGCCGCACAAGAAGCUGAUACUGAGAAUAAGCCAGAAUGGACCUUAUCCAGAACAAAAGUGGUGGUUCUAGACGAAGCAGAUAGACUGUUGGAAGAUAAUUUUGGUGAAGAUUUGAACACUAUAUUGAAAGCACUUCCGAAACGUCGUCAAACGUUACUUUUUAGCGCUACAUUCAGUGGUGCAGUCAAGUCUUCCUUAGAGGCUGCAAAGUCAGUAGCCAACGCUGAAAACAGGCGCCUUCCUAUUUUAUGGCAACCUGAAUGCAUGACUACGUGUUCAUCUACAGGGGCCGUAACUGUCGAGACCUUAAGUCAGUAUUAUAUUCUGAUGCGCCCUGAACACAAAGAAGCAUUUUUGGUUCAUACUGUCGAUCAAUUUCUUUCUGAGAAUCCAUAUUCACUUAUUAUGAUUUUUACAAAUAAAUGUAAAUGGUGCCAUCUUAUUGGAUUAAUGAUGACUAGCCUAGGUAUUAAAACAACCUUACUUCACUCCUCUAUGACUCAGAAAAACCGCAUAUCUUCGUUGACUCUUUUUCGUUCUAGUCAGAUUCGUGUUCUGAUUGCAACAGACCUGGCAAGCCGUGGACUUGAUUUUCCAACAGUUGAUAUUGUAAUUAAUCAUAAUGUUCCUAUUCGACCUAAAGAUUAUGUUCACCGAGUAGGCCGGACUGCUCGGGCUGGGAAAGCUGGUUUAGCAUUGACAUUGUGUGACCUUUUUGAAGUAAAACGUUUAAAAGCUAUCCAAACAUUUAUCAAUAAGGAAUUGAAGACAUUUGAUGUGAACGAAAAAAAAGUAGCUCAAAUAAUUGCCGAAGUGUCUAUCGCUCGUCGUGAUGCAGAACGCAAACUAGAUGAGAUCAGAUUCGAUGAGAAGCGUGAAAUCAAUAAGGCAAAAAAUCUGAUGAAGGCCAGAACGUCGAAAACUCUAAAUAAAACUGAGAAUCUUACUUCCUAAACUUUCUUGUAAAUAAAUCCUUUAUUUUUUUCUGAUAG